AUGAACUUAAAUGAACUGCUUGAAUUAGAUAACCUCAUCUGCACCGUCCUCAUUCACAAGUACCGGGGCUCCAACAUUGAGGCUGUCACGAUUGCCGGGUCUUCUGCCCAACAAGCAGUUUUGUUCACCACGUGGCGUUCUCACACCAUUUCUUAUUUUCAUGAAGAGUUUCAAUUUACUUCGGAAAACUUCCCCUUUUUAAAUCUCUUGCUUUCUUUUCAACAGCCCAACCCUCUUCCUCAUUAUUAUUAUAAUCAUUAUUAUCAUCAUCAUCUGCACCAGCUCGAAAACCAAAUGUACCCCCUGUUUAUGAGGUAUCUUGCACUAACACUACAUGGACCUCAAACACAAACUGUAGUUGAUGCAGCUUGUAAAUAUGCAGCACAGGCUCCGCUGGGAUUCAAGUGCGCGCACGUGUUUAGGUACCUUGAGGAGCACUAUCUGGGGUCGCUCAUGAGGCCGGGUGUUGAAAAAGAAGAAGAAGAAAAUGAUGAUGAUGAUGAUAAUGAUAAUGAUAAUCAUGAUAAUCAUGAUAAUGAUAAUGAUGAAACCAGUGAUUGUGAAUCAUUGAAGAAAACUGUAACCACAGACUUUGAGAAAAUACAACAAGUGGUGAUGCCGGGCACUGGAGUUAUAGGGUGGUUGCGCAGAGUACUUGAGCAAUGGCGCAGAAUGAGUAACCGAAUUAAUUCCACUAUAGAUUUGCGCCAAUUGAUGUUUAAUCUUUUGUUUAGUAAGCGUGUUUACAAAGACUUGAAUUUGGUUCAGAAUCACUACUAUACUGGUUACAAUAAUGGGUAUACAACUCCUCACAAUCUUGGAAAUGAACUUGUAUGCAUGUACCGCUAA